GAACGGCUCAUGUUUUUUCGCGCGGUCCUUGGAGGCGGGCGGGCAAGCGAGAGGAAAUCGGAGUCUCCGGCGGGCGCGCGGAAAAAGUGAGCCAAUCGGCGAGGAGGGCGAGGCGACAGAGCUCCGUCGUUCUUUCUCAAGCCCCUACCUUGGCUGCUUGAAGGAAACUUAAAGUUGGUAGUGAUAUCUGUAGUGGUUGAGUGUGGGCUCUAAACCUUUGGGAGUUUAGUGAAGUCUGCCUUUGGUAUCUCAGUCUCUCAACAUUUGACUUUGCAGAUUAUAAGGUUUUAAAGGCUCUGCAAAGUUGCCUUCAUCAGUACCGAAACUUUAUGGCUACCACUUCGACUGGUCCACGAUAUGCUCCUGAAGAUCCAACUCUUCCAAAACCAUGGAGAGGUUUGGUCGAUGGGAACACUGGUUACCUGUAUUUCUGGAACCCUGAAACAAAUGUCACUCAGUAUGAACGACCAGUUACCCUAGCCCCUCCUCCUCCUCCCCCUGGACCUCCUCCUCCAUCCACUCCAAAGCUAGCAUCUGUAUCUGUCAGCUCAUCUGUUCACCUUCAGCAUUCCGAAAAUCCAGCUCAUGGAAAACAUGGUGGAUCCCAUGGGCAACAGGUUGAAGAUCCUUCUUCCAAUUAUGGGCAGCGGCAUGGAAGUGGACAUUCUACUGGGAUGAGAUCAAGUGACGGUCACCACCACCAUUAUGAUGGUAAUGGCGAUGUGGGACGUGGCCUGCAACCUAAGCUUGCUCCAAUUCCUUCAGCAAGGGCACAACAGGUUGCAAGAAAUGACAGUGGCAACCUGCAAAAUGGUCCAAUACCUCCUGUGAAUGGUUCUCAUGGUCAGUCAUAUUCAAGCAACCAGCCUUUUCGAUCAUCUGGAAGAGCACAUGGUUCAGAUCCUGGAAAUGCAGUGCCUGCAGAUGUAUAUAGGAGACAACAUGAAAUCACAAUACUGGGUGAUAACAUUCCUCCACCGCUCACAACAUUCGAGUCUACCGGUUUUCCAUCAGAGAUUCUCAGAGAGGUGCACAAUGCUGGCUUUACAUCUCCCACACCAAUUCAGGCACAGACUUGGCCAGUUGCUUUACAGAAUCGUGAUAUUGUUGCCAUUGCGAAGACAGGGUCUGGGAAGACCCUGGGUUACCUUAUCCCAGGAUUUAUUCAUCUUAAACAACGACACAACAAUUCACGUAUGGGCCCAACUGUCCUGGUCCUGUCACCAACAAGAGAACUUGCAACGCAGAUACAAGAAGAAGCGGUGAAGUUUGGGAGGUCAUCUAGGAUUUCUUGUGCGUGUUUGUACGGUGGAGCCCCUAAGGGCCCUCAGUUGAGGGAUCUUGACCGUGGAGUAGAUGUUGUAGUUGCAACUCCAGGCCGUCUAAAUGACAUUCUGGAGAUGAAGCGCGUCAGCCUCCGUCAAGUUUCAUAUUUGGUGCUUGAUGAGGCGGAUCGGAUGCUUGACAUGGGUUUUGAACCUCAGAUCAGGAAAAUUGUGAACGAGAUUCCUCCACGCAGACAAACUCUCAUGUAUACAGCAACUUGGCCAAAAGAAGUUCGAAAGAUUGCUGCUGAUCUACUUAUCCACCCUGUUCAGGUCAAUAUAGGGAACAUUGACGAGCUUGUUGCAAACAAAGCUAUUACUCAGUAUGUCGAAGUUGUUCCGCCCAUGGAGAAACAGAGGCGGUUGGAGCAGAUACUACGUUCUCAGGAACCUGGAUCAAAAGUGAUCGUCUUUUGCUCUACAAAAAGGAUGUGUGAUCAGUUGGUACGGUCCAUCGCCCGCCAUUUUAAUGCUGCUGCUAUUCAUGGGGACAAGUCUCAGGGAGAAAGAGACUAUGUUCUAAGUCAGUUCCGAUCUGGAAAAUCUCCUGUUCUGGUGGCCACAGAUGUUGCAGCACGAGGACUUGACAUAAAAGACAUCAGGGUGGUGAUUAACUAUGACUUUCCUACUGGUGUCGAAGAUUAUGUCCAUCGCAUUGGGAGGACGGGAAGGGCAGGUGCAACUGGUCUCUCUUACACGUUUUUUUCUGAUCAGGAUGCAAAAUAUGCUGGUGAACUGGUGAAGGUUUUGGAAGGUGCAAACCAGAAGGUUCCACAAGAACUGCGUAACAUAGCUUUACGCAGUGUUGGCCUUCCAAAAGGUCGUAAUAGAUGGGAUUAUGGCAGUGGUCGGGCUGGUGGUGGUGGUGCCCGUGGGCAUGGUUCCAGAAAUGAUGCCUAUGGAGGUCGUGGUGGUCGUGGACUAUCGUCUUCUGGAAGAUCAGAAAGAGCCCAUGGCAGGGAUGAUGGACAUGGUCGCGGUUAUGAUCGUGGCCAUCAAGACAGUUGGCGUGGUGGUGGUAGUGAUAGGGACAGGGUGAGAGGCCGUAGUUAUAGCCGGAGCAGGAGUAGGAGCAGGAGCCGUAGUCGCAGCAACCCAAACAGGGGUAAAGGAUGGGACUGGGGCUUCAGUUAUGGUGACAGCCCAAGGAGGAGCCGGAGCAAGGGCCGGAGUAGAAGUAGAAGCAGGAGCUUUAGCCGGAGCCGCAGCAGGAGCGGUGACAGGUGCGGCAAUCGUGGAAGCUCCCCUGCGGCUAGAAGGGAGUUGGACAGCCCACCUGCGCACCUGUCAAUUAGUUCACCACCGCGCAGCAGAUCUCCCUACCAUGAGGAGGAUGUCUGGAAGCCGUCACCUUCUCGUGCUGAUAAUGACGUAGGGAAGCAGUCUCCAAAUAUGGUGAACGACGACUCCGCUGGUGCGAACGGCCACACAUACUCCGACUAUGAGGAGGGCAUGAUAGAAGAAGCCGGUGAGUUGGCCCGAUCGCCGAGGGAUGUGGCUGUGGAAGAUGCUGCUAUUAGGGAUUGAGUUGGAUGGGGUUCCGGCGGCCUAUGGCAGGUUUAUUGUGAUGAUUUUGACCACAUAAUGAUGUUAAUUCUCAAGGGUGGGUGGGUUUAUGUUGAUGUAAUUCUGUUUGUUUCCCUCUGAAGCAUAUUUUGGGGACUGUAGUGGAGGAAACAGAUUUGUAACAAACCAGUAUGACAAUCCUCUUCCAAAAAACUCAAAAAGGUAUGAAUAUCAUUGUUUUUUUUUUUU